AUGGGCAUGGAUUAUUGUGCCUGGAUCAAAGUGGAACAGCUAAAGCCAUACCAUGCGCACAAGGAGGAAAUGAUCAAGAUCAACAAGGGGAAACGAUUCCAGCAGGCUGUGGAUGCUGUUGAAGAGUUCCUCCGGAGAGCCAAAGGGAAAGACCAGACAUCAUCCCACAAUUCUGCUGAUGACAAGAAUCGGCGUAAUUCCAGUGAGGAGAGAAGUAGGCCAAACUCAGGUGAUGAGAAGCGGAAGCUUAGCCUGUCUGAAGGGAAGGUGAAGAAGAACAUGGGAGAAGGAAAGAAGAGGGUGUCUUCAGGCUCUUCAGAGAGAGGCUCCAAGUCCCCUCUGAAAAGAGCCCAAGAGCAAAGUCCCCGGAAACGGGGUCGGCCCCCAAAGGAUGAGAAGCCGUGGAUCUCACCAACUCCGUGCUGGCCCUGCAGAGAAACGACAUCUUUUUGGAAAAAGAGAAGUGUGCAGGAGAGGUGAGGAGGAGGUUUGAGUCGGAACUGUGACUCCA